UCACCGAGCACACCUGAAGCUCAUGGCUACACAAUGCCCUGAAGCCUGUGGUGAUGGUUUCCAGUCAGAGGCACGUCCUGUCUCUGCACCCUGUGUUCCCCACCUCCUCAGCUUAGCUGCUGCCCCAUCCACAAGGCAACCAGGAGGAGACCACGGUGCUUCAGGGACCACUAGCAACCCAGGUCAAGUGACUGUCUCUUGGUGAUGUGAAUUGCAGCUGGUGUUUACUGUGGGACCUCACUGCCAGCGUGGACAAUGCAGGCAAAGGCACAGAGAGAGGUUGGUGGACCCUCUGGGACAGGCAGCUCCUGCAAGGGAGCAUUGCUGACAGUGGCUGGCUAAAUCGUGGGCUUUUCUGUGUCCACACAGAGUGAGCCAAAGAAGCAGUGGCUUUUGCCGGGGCUUCCUAGGGAAGCCUCUCCUGGGAAGCCCCAGCAGCUCUGGUGGUGGAUACUCUAACAGAGAGUUUUUCCCUUUCAGGCUCUGACACGGGCAGCCGCAGCAGAAACAAAGAUGCUGAGGAAUUUGCACACCUUGUUGACAGAGCAGACCCAAAAGUUGCAGCUUCUGCUGGAGGAGGUGGCUCAGCUGAAGGUGGAGAUAAGCCGUUUGAAGAAGGAGAGGCAGGAGGUGAACCAGGCAGCCCUGGAGUUGGCUUCGGAAGUCUACAUCAGAAGAUCUGACUGGGCCCUGAAAAGUUCUGGUGCCACCAUUGACAUGCAGAGAACUUCAAAGACCUAUGACUGCAAAGAGAAUUGGGGCUGCAGGGUUUUAUGGUUCUUCCACACUCCCAACCCUCCUGAUACGAUUUUGGAGCCGGAUAUUUCCCCAGGAAACUGCUGGCCAUUACAAGGGCACCAGGGCCAGGUGGUCAUCAGGUUGCCAGCACGAGUCCAUCUGACUGCUGUCAGUGUGCAGCACACCUACAAAGAGGUCUCUCCAUCUGGGACCGUCACCAGUGCCCCCCGAGACAUCGCUGUCUUUGGAUUGAAUGCAGACAGAGAAGAGGAAACUCUCCUUGGGAUGUUCGUGUACAACGUGGCAAAAGAGGCUAUUCAAACCUUCCCUCUGAAGAACACACACAGAGCCUUUGCGCACAUCAAACUUAUUGUGAAGAGCAACUGGGGAAACACGGCCUACACCUGCAUUUAUCGAGUGCAGGUUCAUGGAAAGAUGGAAGAACAAGAAAACCUCAGCUGAAACCAGACAAGAAAAAGAACACAAGUAAAAAAGAGAAAUGGGGGAGGAGGAAUAAAUGGUUUGUCAGAU